GUGCUCGCUUUCCUUUCCUCUCUGCCGUUCCCACCCGGCGCUGCCCGCCUUUCCCGCUCGCCUCGGGACCCCGGCCCGGACACCGGCAGGGGCACACCGACGCCUGCGUCCUCCGCGGCUCCGGGGGGGGGGGGCUGGAGGCCGGGCGCGGCGCCGAGGAGAAGCCGCCGGGCGCCUCCUGCCCACAACCAAGAUGGCGGCGGGGGGAAGCCGCUCUGCCCUCGCGCGCCCGCCUCCGUGACUGAGCCUCAGCCGCGCCGGGAGGGAGCGAGGCCGCGGCGGCGCGCGGGCCAUCAGGUGACCCCCGCCGGGGGAGCGGAGGGACGGUUCCCCCCUCCCCGGGGCGGCGGGGCCGGGACCCGGGGAGCGGCGGUGGCGGCGGCCUCUUGUGAGGAGCCAGCCUGCAUCCCCCCCCUCACCCCACGCUGUGGCCGCCGCGGCUCGGGGAGCGCGGGAGCCGGAGGAACCCGGGCGUUUGGCUCAGUCCCGGUGCCCGGCAGGACUCACUCGUUCAUGGCUUGGGCUGAGCAACCAUAGGAUGGACCCUCGACUCCUCUGCAGGUGCUGAAGUGACUGGUGAACACUGGCCGUGGGCUAAGGUCCAUGCACAGACAAUACCCCUGCUCAGAGAGAAAGGUUUAGAAAGACAUGGAGCUUGAAAGAAUCAUUCGAGACACACUGACACGCUUCAUCCAGUCCCACAUCCCUGCAGCAGACCUCAGUGGGAUGGAUGAUGUUUUCUUCUCUUAUAUCACGGGUGUCCUGGAAGAGCUGGGCUCACCAGAAUCUUCCGAGGAGACUUUUGACAUGGACACCUUUGUGGAAAUGAUGGAGGCAUAUAUCCCUGGUUUUGCAGAAAUCCACAGUGAGGAUGUUUGUGAAAUGAUGUUCUCCCUCUCAGAAAGGCUCGGUGAAGCUCGCAACAAAGAAAAACCUGGCCAAAAGGCUGUGGAAAGCAGGAGUGAAGCACCCUCUGAAGAUCUGACCAAGGGCCAGGAGCCUGGAGCUGGAGCAUGCAACGGGGAAAGGCUGUUUACUCCAGCAGACGGAGCUGGGGCCCAGGAAGGCAAUGACUUGAAAGAUGGGGUGGAGCUGCUCCUGGAGAUGUUCCCGGCUUGUACCGUGAGCCAGGCAGAGAAGGCACUCGCCAUGGCCUUGGGGAACUUGGAGGAGGCCGUGCAGUUAAUUGUGGAGGAGAAGGUGGAAAUUGGCCCAGCAGGUGCGAGUGUGAAGGAACUGGCCCGGCCCCGCAGAGCGCCCAACCACGAGGAACUAAAGCAGGUUAUCCUAGAGAAAUACAUGAUGGUGGAUAGCGCAGACGAUCAGAAGACACAUCGGCCGGCUCCACCCAAAGAGGCUCCCAAGAAGUUGAUCCGCUACAUCGACAACCAGGUGGUGAGUACGAAGGGAGAGAGGUACAAAGAUAUCAAAAAGCCCGAGAGCGAGGAGAUGAAGAGAACCUACAUCAGCCUCAAACCAGCCAGGAAGUACAAGUUCCACUGACAACCAGGUCCUCCUGCUCUUCAACCUCCACCUCACCGGCCAGGCAUGGCAGGAUGGACACGUGGCACUAGAGCUGAGGAGGACUUCUCCACCUGCCACUAACUGGGACUAACCUGGGAGCCAGCACACCCGCUUUCAGCUUCCUCAACUAACCCUGGGUGACAAGGAGGAACCUUUUCUCCUUGUGUAGCUGUCCCUCUGCCCCCAGGGGCACACCACAGGGGCUCUUUGGGGCCUGGGCAUUCUCUGCUAUUCCUUGCAUGGGACAUUUUUAGAUCUAAGAUGUGGCUUGUGCUUUUGCAGCAAGCUUUUUACAAGUCUGUGUGCACUGUUGCUUUAAAUUGAGUGCCAGUGUCAAUAAAGAUGACAUGAGUUUGUGUGUAGUUCA